ACAGGGUACCUCUGGUUCAAAUCCCCAGCAAAGACAUGGAAGAAUUUUUGCAACGCGCCAAAUCUAAACUGAAUCGAAGCAAACGCUUGGAGAAGGUUCAUGUGGUCAUUGGCCCCAAAUCAUGUGACCUGGAUUCUCUCAUUUCUGCCUUUACCUAUGCUUACUUUCUAGACAAGGAGUUAGAGAUAACUCUCAAUGAAUUAGAAAAACUAAUUUGCCAUCCAUGUAUUGCUAAUGAUUAUUAUCUUACUUGCAACAGCAUCCUUUUCAAGUGGAUGACCAUGGAUCCUGACAAGAUCUCAGAGAAGCAGGAAGAGAUUCUUUCUGUCCUGGAAGAAAAGUUUCCUAACUUGCCUCCAAGAGAGGACAUCAUCAACGUCCUACAGGAGACCCAGUUCAGUGCCCAGGGUUUAAGUAUCGAACAAACAAUGUUGAAAGAUAUAAAGGAACUGUCUGAUGGAGAAAUAAAAGUGGCCAUUAGUACUGUGAACAUGACCCUCGAGAAUUGUCUGUUUCACAGCAAUAUCACCAGUGACUUGAAAGCAUUCACAGACAAGUUUGGUUAUGACGUCCUCAUCUUGUUCGCUAGCUACCUAUCAGAGGAGCAGCAGCCAAGGAGGCAGGUCGCUGUGUAUUCCCAGAACCUAGAACUGUGCAGUCAGAUUUGCUGUGAGCUGGAAGAGUGUCAGAACCCUUGCCUGGAGCUGGAGCCCUUCGAAUGUGGCUGUGACGAGAUCCUGGUGUACCAGCAGGAGGACCCAUCGGUGACUUGUGAUCAGGUGGUUCUCCUCAUCAAGGAAGUCAUCAAUAGGAGGUGUCCAGAGAUGGCCUCCAACAGCCGGACAUCCUCAACAGAAGCCGUGGCGGGCAGUGCCCCCCUCUCCCAGGGCUCUUCUGGGAUUAUGGAGUUGUACGGUUCUGACAUAGAGCCACAGCCCAGCUCUGUGAACUUCAUAGAAAACCCUCCAGAUCUCAAUGAUUCUAACCAGGCUCAGGUGGAUGUCAACGUAGACCUCGUCAGCCCAGAUAGCGGGCUGGCCACCAUUCGGAGCAGCCGUUCAUCCAAGGAGAGCUCAGUGUUCCUCAGUGAUGACAGUCCCGUGGGGGAAGGUGCAGGGCCUCACCACAGCCUCCUCCCAGGGUUUGACUCCUAUAGUCCCAUCCCCGAAGGGGCAGUGGCAGAGGAGCAUGCCCGGUCUGGGGAACAUGGGGAACGCUUUGACCUCUUCAACUUUGACUCAGCACCCAUGGCUUCUGGGCAGUCUCAGCCGUCUUCCCAUUCCGCAGACUACUCCCCAACAGAUGAUUUCCCCAACAGUGAUUCAUCAGAGGGUCAACUUGCUGCUGGGCCCAAAGGACUUGAUGAGAUGGGGAUCAACAUGUCCAAUUAUUCAUCCAGUUCACUGUUGUCAGAGGCUGGAAAAGACAGCCUUGUGGAAUUUGAUGAGGAGUUUGCACAGAGACAAGAGAGUCUUGGAGACAGCUCUGAAAGAAAUUUGAGCAUGACAGGUUUUAUGGGAGAUGACUCUCCUUCACCAGAAAGACUGAAAAAUAUUGGGAAAAGGAUCCCACCAACACCUAUGAAUAGCUUUGUAGAAAGUUCACCGUCCACUGAAGAGCCAGUCUCACUAUAUCCAGAAGACAUAACCCACAAAGCAAUGGACACAGGGCACAUGGGGCCACCUCAGACUCGUGCACGGUGCAGCAGCUGGUGGGGUGCUUUGGAAAUGGAUUCUAAAAAUAUUGCUGAUGCGUGGAGUUCCAGCGAACAAGAAUCUGUCUUCCAGAGCCCUGAGUCCUGGAAAGAUCAUAAGCCCAGCCCAGGGGAUAGGAGAGUCUCAGAUUCUGCAUUUCAGCCAAAGAAUCUUGAAUUCCCAAAGUCAGAUCCUUGGGAGUCUGAAUUUGGUCAGGCCGAACGGGGUAGCAAUGCUAUUCAAGACGAAAAAGAGGGAAGUCUGCAGUUUCAGAGCCUGCCCACUGAGAAGUCACAUCUGCCAAAUGCAUCCCCCCAGGGAACAAACCACCUGAUAGAAGACUUUGCUGCUUUGUGGCAUUCUGGCCACUCUCCCACCACAAUGCCUGAGCCCUGGGGAAAGUCUACAAAUGAUGCUGAACCGGCAACUGCAGUGUCAUUUCCAGCCUGGAGUGCAUUUGGUAAUGAAGAUAGUACCAAAGCUCUAAAAAAUACCUGGAAUCUUCACCCAACAAGUGGUGAGACCCCUUCUGCAAGGGACCCCAGUGAGUGGGCCAUGACAAAAAGUGGGUUUUCUUUUCCUUCAGAAGACCUUCAGGACCAUUCACCCAGUGAGAUAAAUAAUGAAGCAGCUCCAACAAUCUGGGGCAAGAAAAACAACGACUCCAGGGAGAAUAUUGUUGUAUCUGGAAAUCCCAGUUCUGACUUGGAACAGGCAUGGAAUAAUUCUAAGCCACCAAGAGAAGAUCAGCAUGGUUUAGUGGAUCCUAAGAGUAGAGGGAAUGUCUACGAAAAGGUAGAAUCCUGGAGACUUUUUGAGGAGAGUAUUAAGAAAGGAGGGUCAGAUGUCUUAGCUCCUUGGGAAGAUUCCUUCUUAUCAUAUAAAUGCUCUGAUUACAGUGCAUCCAAUGUGGGAGAAGAUUCAGUGCCUUCUCCGUUAGAUACCAACUACUCCACCUCUGACUCGUACACAUCACCAACAUUUGCUGGAGACGAAAAAGAAACUGAAAACAAGCCAUUUGCCAAAGAGGCAGGUUUGGAGUCAAAUGACUGCGCCACAGAAGAGCCUGAAGUUCCUCCGCAAUCGCCACAGCAACCACCGAGAAAUCGAAUCAGUUCUGGUCCUGGGAACCUGGACAUGUGGGCUUCACCUCACGCAGAUAAUAGUCCUGAAAUAAAUGCCACUCGUGACCCAGAUAAAGAUUUACUCAAGACAGAGCACACAGAUGAUAAGGACGCCUCGGUGGAGGAUGACAUGGCGGAAAGCAGCCAGUCCAGUUACGAUGACCCCAGCAUGAUGCAGAUGUACAAUGAAACCAACAGGCAGCUCACACUUCUGCACAGCACCACCAACUCCCGCCAGGCAGCCUCUGACAACCUCGACUUGUGGAACAGAGUCAUUCUGGAGGACACGCAGUCCACGGCAACCAUUUCGGAUAUGGACAAUGACUUGGACUGGGAUGACUGCAGUGGGGGUGUGGCGAUCACCAGUGAUGGCCAAGCAGAGGGAUAUAUGGCUGAAAGUACGGAACCAGAAACCCGAUUUUCAGUAAGACAGCUGGAGCCAUGGGGCACAGAGUAUCAGGAAGCGAAUCAGGUAGAUUGGGAACUCCCCCAACCUGAGCACACCAAGGACACUGCUCCCAAUGAAUAUCACACUCUGAAUGAGAAGAGUGGGCAGCUGAUUGCAAACAGUAUUUGGGAUUCUUUUAUAAGAGAUAAAGACGUGUCAUCAUUGAAGUUGACAGACCCGUCGUAUAUUAUGGAUUCAGAACAAAGCAAUUUACCUCCUGAAAGUCCCAGCCAUUCAGCAAGUGAUAAGAAUAGUCCCACCAGAGAUGUGCUGGAAGUUUCUGGAAUCAGUGAGUCAACAGCACUUACAACUCAUCCUGACAACCAGGAAACAGGGACAGGAGUCCCGAAAGGUGACACAGAAUCCCUGGUGACCGGGCUUGAGAGUCCAGGACAUUUUGCCCACUCAGAUCCAUGGAUGAUAAGUCACAGCUACGAAAAAAGUGAAACUGAGAAUGAAAUUCCAGGCUCCUUGGACAGGGGGAGCCUUGAUAAAGGGGAUCCAGUAGAUCUGGGAAUGGAUAGCACUUCAGGGAUUUAUGAAAAAGGGCCUUAUGAUCUCUCUUCUCCAGUUGCAUCUGGACAUGAAGAAGUCGGCACCGAAUCAGGCAAAACCAGCUCUCUUUCAGUCACUUUAAGUCCUCAGACCAAGGAGUCACAAGAUGUUUUAGAGUUUGAAUCUUACAAUAUAACCUCUUAUGAUACGCAAACAGAGAUGUCCACAAAUAACCUGCAAGCAAAGGAGACCUACGAAGAGUCCCUCAUAAGUCAAGGAAAUUCAGAUGAAACUACUGAGAUUCCAGAUGGGAUGAAUUUAACCAAAAAUGUAUCUCUAUCUGAAAUGGUUCCUGAGGAAACUAAAGAAUAUAACAUUCUGGAGCCAGAAAGAGUAAAAGAAGGGUCACCUCAAGCAUCUCCCCAAAGCCUGGAUAUUUGGGAUGGCCCUACAGACAGUGAUGUGCAGGAUAAUCACCCAAGCUCUGAGAUAACUAAGAAUCUUGAAGCUAAGGGUACUGACAACAGCCUUCCAGGAACCGGUUCAUCUGGAGAUUGUGACAAAGAUAGUGUUUCUAGUGGGUAUACUCACUCGAGUGCAUCGAGUCCUGACCUAAAUGAUUCUUUGGCUGCAUUGUCUCCCUGGGGCCAUGUACCCCGUGUGGAUCAUCAGCAAGAGGAUGGAGAUGGAUGGAGUGAGCAGGGUCGCCAAGAAUCGGAACCAGUCACCACUGAGGGCCAAGAAGAAGCCAUUUCUGAAAUGAAAGACUUGGAGGAAAGUGGAACAGAUGGGCUUGAAAACAGCUUUGAUCACAAGGUUCCUAAAUUUUUAGAGAUUUGGAAUGACUCAGUGGAUCGUGAUUCCCUAUCCUCUCUAUCCAGUCCUGAAACAGGAAAAUAUUCUGACUAUUCAGGUGAUUAUCUGGAAAGAAAUGUAACAUUUAGCCUUCAGGAGAAAAACGAAUGUGACAUUCCUGAAUCUGUGCAGCCAGAGGACGCCACGGCCACUCGAGCAAGCUCUGACUCUGAUGAGGAUGGUAUAGGUGAUGACGCGUCAGUAGAGAAAGAGAUCCAUUUGGUUACUUGUCAGGUGGCUCAGAGUGAAUCCAGAGCUUGGGAUUCAUUAACUGAAUCCAGUUCCUUGGCCACGGUGGAUCCCAUGCCUGAGGAGUUUUCAGACCACGCAGGCAGCUCAGAACCAGCAGGGAAUGAAAAUGAGUCAAACCCUUUCUGUGACAAUUCGCAAAGCAGCCUUGAUCAGUGGAAUUUCUCACCACUCACAGAGACUGAAGCACAGAUCACAGCAGUGGAAGACAGGAGAUCUUCUCCAGAGACAGAGAGGACCAGAGACGACGUAUGGCAAGUGUCUGCCAAAACUGAACCAAAGAGUGAGGAUCAUUCUAGAUCGGAAAUGCAUGGCUUUUCAGCUGAAGGCAAUGAGUGGUGGAAUGCCCCUCCGCCCGAAGUGAGACCCAUCGAAAGUGCAAGUGCGUUUGAAGGGGAGCUGUCUAACUCGAGUGCUGUGUUAGAGAUGAAUUCUCGGGACUACCAAAGAGUGGGUCCCUGGGGAGCACCCAUGGAGGGUGAUAUGGAAUCCAUAGAAACAUACUGUACUAAUCCUUUCAACGAUAAACUUCAGUCACCCUUUCUGGAUGAUCAUGGAGACAACUCCCAUGAGCAAUUCUGGAACAUUCAACCAAGACAGCCAGACCCAUAUGCUGAUCCGUUUAGCCAGCUCGUAAUAUUGGACCAAAUUAAAGAUAAGGAUUCCACAGAGCAAACCUUCAUAUCUUCUGCUGGCAACAACCUUCCUUCUGAAAUGCCCAACCAAGAGCCGUGUCAGGAUUCCAUGCUGUCCGUCUGGGAUCAGCCGGACCCAGCAUUUACUUCCACAGAUGAAAAUGAAUGUGUUAUAGCCAACACCUCAACUGCUGAAUGUCAAGAAGCAAAUUGGUGGGAACAAGAAAAACCAGACCUUGGUGAAAUGACACAUUCCAGCAUUGCUGCAGAAAAUAUCCCUACUGUGAGUUCCCCUACGCAGUUGAUAAAGAAAUCAGGCUCUGAAUGGGAUAGCUCCAGCCCUAGUGAGAGCCCCCAAGGUCCCUUUGUUCCAGAUAUUUUGCAUGGCAACUUCCAAGAGGGUAGGCAGCUGGCCUCAGCUUCGCCUGACUUGUGGAUGGAUGUCAAGCAGCCCUUCAGUGCAAAACCAGAUGGUGAGAAUCCUGAUAUACUAACUCAUUGUGACCAGGACAGCAAUUCUCAGGCCUCCAACAGCCCUGAUAUAUGUCAUGAUUCUGAAGCAAAGCAAGAGACUGAGCAGCAUGUCAGUGUUUGCAUGGGACCUGAUGUGAAACUCAGUGAUUGUUAUCUUGCUGAGCCAAAGGUGAAUGAAGAACCUAGUCAGGAGCCUGGGCAGGAAUCUAUCCCAUACAACCCAGAGCUCUGUUCUGAAAAUGCAAUUCCGCUACCUCCCAUCAGCAAUCAAGCAGAUGUAGAUGUAGGCUCAUCUCAGCCUCCCUCUUAUAAAGGUUCUCCAGAACCUUCUGAAAUGAAUGAUGAUGACAGUACAGGUUUAAAAGCAUCAGAAAAAAGAAUUGGCUUAGAUUCAGCACCAAUUUUGGAAGUUUCAAUCCCAAGGACUGAAAAUGUGGGAACUAGGGUUUUUGUAGCUCACCAGGAGCCAUGUGUAGAAGGCAGUGGCUUUUGGGUAUCAGAGAACUUUUCUCCUGAAAGUCAGACAGGUACAAGAGCUUCACCUAGCUAUGAACUGUCUUUUGCUCCUGUGAAUCCUGCCACAGCUACUGAUGCUUUGCUGGCCUCAGACACCUGCUUGGAUGUAAGUGAAGCUGCCUUUGACCAUAGUUUCAGUGAUGCCUCUGGUCUCAACACUUCUACAGGAACAAUAGAUGACAUGAGUAAAUUGACACUAUCGGAAGGUCAUCCGGAGACACCAGUUGAUGGGGAUACAGGGAAGCAAGAUAUCUGUUCAUCUGAAGCCUCAUGGGGUGAUUUUGAAUAUGAUGUAAUGGGCCAGAAUAUCGAUGAAGAUUUAAUGAAAGAACCUGAACACUUUCUUUAUGGUGGUGACCCUCCCUUGGAGGAAGACGCUCUGAAGCAAUCGCUGGCACCCUACACGCCUCCCUUUGAUUUGUCCUAUCUCACAGAACCUACCCAUGGUGCUGAAAGAACAGAGGAAACUGGGUCUCCAGAGGAUGUAUCUCUGGGGAGUGAAGCAGCAGAGAUGUUGCUUUCCGCCCUUCCUGAUCAAAAUGAGAGAAAACACCCUGAGACCCCAAAUGGACAGCCUGGACACCAGCUGGUGGUACUGCAUAUUCAUGAAGACCUUGAAUCAGUUUCUUCACCUGUAGGAGGGGCAGGCUCCAACACUGAGUUAUCACCAUCAAAUAUUGACUGGGAAGUAGAAACAGAUAAUUCUGAUCUACCAGCAGGUGGCGACAUGGGACCAUCAAACGGUGCCAACCAGGAAACAUUAGAGAUAGAAGAAGAAAACAUAAUUCCUACUGAAGAAUCUGAGCAGAUAAAAUCAGAAUACACGGAUGAAAGAUGCAUAGCCAAGAAUGAGGAUCAUCAUGUACUACACAUGGAUUACAUACUUGUAAGCCAUGAAAAAAAUUCACCCUUGAAGUCAGAGGCCUGUGAAGCAAGAGGAAGCUUAUCUGAAUCAGAAGAAUCACCCAUAGAAUCCCAAGAAACAGGGCUUCCAGGAACUCAGUUAGCAAACUUCCCAGACCCAUGUCAGCCUGCCUCCUUACAUGAAAACAAAGAUCAUCAUGAAGAGGAAAUGUCUUCCAAAGACGACAAGAGGUCAUCUCUUGAAAGCCCUACACAAGACCAGAGUUGGAUGGUCUUGGGCCAUGGUGAAGUUGGUGAUCCAGCAUUGGAAGCCAGGGAUUCAAGGCCUGGAUGGUCUUGCCAGACUGUGGAGCCAUGCUCUGAUCUCAGCUUGGGCAAGGAACCCCAGGUGCAGGUUCUGGGAGGAAUAAAGCCUCUAGAGUCUUUAGCACUUGAGGAAGUCUCUGUUGGUCAGAGCAGCCAAUCACAGAGGAACAAAAGGCAAGGCAGGGCUGUCCCAGAUGCAGUUCUGUUGCAGACGGUCACCCAUGACAAUGAAUGGGAAAUGCUUUCACCACAGCCUUCUCAGAAAAACAAGAUCCCUGAGAGGGAAAUGGAGGAGGAGACGGAGUUCCUUGAGCCUGGAACCAGGAAACCAAGACCAAAUGGGCUACUGUCAGAGGAUGUAGGAAUGGACAUCCCCUUUGAGGAGGGAAUGCCAAGUCCCGAUGCUGCAGACAUGAGGCCUGAGCCUCCUAACUCUCUGGAUCUUAAUGGGACUCAUCCUCGGAGAAUCAAACUCACAGCUCCAAAUAUCAAUCUUUCCUUGGACCAAAGUGAAGGCUCUCUUCUCUCUGACGAUAACCUGGACAGUCCAGAUGAAAUUGACAUCAAUGUGGAUGAACUCGAUACCCCCGAUGAAGCAGAUUCUUUUGAGUACACUGGCCAUGAAGAUUCCACAGCCAACAAAGAUUCUGGUCAAGAGUCUGAGUCUAUUCCAGAAUAUACAGCUGAAGAGGAACGGGAAGACAACCGGCUGUGGAGGACAGUGGUGAUUGGAGAACAAGAGCAACGGAUUGACAUGAAGGUCAUCGAGCCCUACAGGAGAGUCAUUUCUCACGGAGGAGACUCAGGAUACUAUGGGGACGGCCUAAAUGCCAUCAUUGUGUUUGCCGCCUGUUUUCUGCCAGACAGCAGUCGGGCGGAUUACCACUAUGUCAUGGAAAAUCUUUUCCUAUACGUAAUAAGUACUUUAGAGUUGAUGGUAGCUGAAGACUACAUGAUUGUGUAUCUGAAUGGUGCUACCCCAAGAAGGAAGAUGCCAGGGCUUGGAUGGAUGAAGAAAUGCUACCAGAUGAUUGACAGACGGUAUAAUGGAGAAGUAGCAGCUAAUGAAAAUGUUUUUCUUUCUUUUUUUUUUUCUUUUAGUUCAAAAUUCAGCAGUAAAAUUAAAUAUGUUAAUAGCUUAUCAGAACUCAGCGGGCUGAUCCCAAUGGAUUGCAUCCAUAUUCCAGAGAGUAUCAUCAAGUACGAUGAAGAGAGAUCUUAUAAGAGAAGUGUGAGACUGGAUGAAGAACUGAGAGAAGCAUCAGAAGCAGCUAAAACUAGCUGCCUUUACAAUGAUCCAGAAAUGUCUUCUAUGGAGAAGGAUAUUGACCUGAAGCUGAAAGAAAAGGCCUAGUGGGCCACGGCUGGGGGAUGAGGAUGCUUUUUGCUUCGUGGUUCUGCUGAAACAUAUCUACCUGGAAGAGACAGGGCUGAUGUUACUUUUUUCCACUUUGCACUACCUGGUGCCAUUCUAAAUUUCUAAGGGGAAAAACAGGAGGAGAAUUUGUUUACUCUUAACAUGUUUUAUGAAAUUGUGUGUAUUUUCCUAUUUUGCCAAUUAUGUGCCUCAAAGAUUUUAGUUGAACCUUAGCAAGAAAGUAGGAACUUCCAAUUCAGUGUUUUUACCCUUGGUGCAGUGGUAUUUGGUCCCUUAGUCUGGCAUUUACCAAUAAGAGAACUUAAAUCCACUGUUAAGCGUAUGUGGAUUUCUUUCCCUAGUUUAGCUGGAUUUCUCUGUGAUGAACACUUUAGAUUUAAAGUACACAGGGCUCAACUCUCCCC